AUGUUUAUUGGAAUUUAUGUGUCCCUCUUUUUCAUCAAAACCUCAACUGCAGCUGAUGCCAUUACUCAAUCCCAAUCCCUUAGAGAUGGUAACACCUUGAUCUCCAAACAUGGCAGUUUUGAAUUGGGUUUUUUCAGUCAACCAGCUCCUGAGUCCAAAAACAGCUUCUUGGGAAUUUGGUACAAGAGUUCUGUUUCAUUAGUCACAAAUGUCACUUGGGUUGCAAACCAGCAAAACCCCAUUAAUGGUUCAUCUGGGAUUUUGAUGAUAAACAGCACGGGCAGUGUUGUCCUUCUAAGCCAAGAUCAGACUGUUCUUUGGUCAAUAAAUUUGUCCAGACAACCCAGGAAUCCGAUUUUGCAGCUCUUGGAUUCUGGCAAUCUUGUCCUAAGAGAAGCCAAAGAUGGAAACUCAGAAAACUACUUGUGGCAAAGCUUUGACUCUCACUCUGAUAAGUUGUUUCAGGGUAUGAAGAUUGAAUGGAACGUAAAGAAUAGGGCUUGCAGGAGUCUAUUGGCGUCAAGGGUAGAGCAUGACACAUCAACUUCAGGAGACUACUGUGACAGUAAUGGACGUUGUGGACCCAAUGGAAUAUGUACCAUUACUAAAUCCCCAGUUUGUAGUUGCUUCAAAGGCUUCGAGCCCAAAGCACUAGGAAAAUGGAACUUUGGAGAAUACCAAGAAGGUUGUGUGCGUACUGUACCUUUGAGCUGCCAAAAUAAACAUGAGUUUAUCAAAUAUCCUGGGGUAAAGUUGCCAGACAUCACAAAUUCCUGGGUCAACCAAACUUUGAGUCUCAGGGAAUGCAGGGAAAUUUGCUUGAACAACUGUUCUUGUAUGGCUUACGCAAGCUCCAGUGUCAAAGGAGGAGUCAGUGGCUGCACCAUCUGGUUUGGUAAUCUGAUGAACAUCAGAGAGCUCUUGGAUGGUGGACAGGAUCUGUAUAUUCAAAUGCCUGCUUCAGGAUUAAAGGCUAAUUGGCCUAAGACAAAGAUAGCCGUGAUAGUUGUAGCUGUUGCUUCAGUUGUUUCCGGGACACUCUUAGCUGUUUAUCGCAUUCGCAGAAAGAGGAGAAAGUUCAGAGAGAAAAUUAGGAAGAAUGGAAUGAUGGGUCAGGACAAUGAAGGACAGGAAGCCAACCUGGAGCUACCAUGUUUUAGUCUGCCAACAAUAGUCACCGCCACUGAUAACUUUUCAUUCACCAGGAAGCUUGGAGAAGGUGGUUUUGGACCUGUAUACAAGGGUAGACUAGAAGAUGGGCAAGAAAUUGCUGUGAAGAGGCUCUCGCAAAGUUCAGGACAAGGGCCAAAUGAGUUCAAAAAUGAAGUACUACUAAUAGCCAAACUUCAGCACCGGAAUCUUGUAAGGCUUCUAGGCUGUUGCAUUGACGGAGAAGAGAAAUUGCUUAUCUACGAAUAUCUUCCAAACAAAAGCUUGGACUUUUACAUUUUUGAUAAAACUCAAGGUAGAUUGUUAGAUUGGUCGCAACGGUUCCACAUUAUACGUGGGAUCGCUAGGGGACUAAUCUAUCUUCAUCAAGAUUCCAGACUGAGGAUUAUCCAUAGAGAUCUUAAAGCAAGUAAUGUAUUACUUGAUAAGGACAUGAACCCAAAAAUCUCAGAUUUCGGCUUGGCUAGAACAUUUGGAGGAGAUCAGACCGAAGGAGUUACAAGAAACGUGGUUGGGACCUAUGGUUAUAUGGCACCAGAAUAUGCCAUUGAUGGUCAAUUCUCCGUAAAAUCAGACGUUUUUAGCUUUGGAAUUUUAAUGUUGGAGAUAGUAAGCGGGAAGAGAAGUAGAGGAUUUUAUGAUCCGGAUGACAACCUUAACCUCAUCGGACAUGCAUGGAGAUUGUGGAAAGGAAGGAGGUCUUUAGAGUUGAUUGAUGAAAGCUUAAGGGACUCAUGCACUCUAUCCGAACUCUUGCGUUGCAUACAUGUUAGUCUUUUAUGUGUGCAACAGCUUCCUGUAGACCGGCCAACCAUGUCAUCUGUGAUUCUGAUGUUAGGUGAUGAGUUCCCCUUGCCUCAACCCAAAAAACCAGGUUUCUUUGGUGGAAAAUAUUCGUCUGAAGCAGAUUCUUCUUCAAGUAAGAACUUAACAUCUUCAACUAACGAACCAUCUUCAACCUAUGACUCUACCAUAACGUUGCCUGAGGCUCGAUGA